AUGAGUGGAGCAGAGGGGGUCGUGUGCGAAGGUUGGCUGCGAAAAUCCCCACCGGAGAAGAAACUGAGGCGUUAUGUGAGUGCUCCACUUCUCUAGAAGUUCUUAACUGAAAAAUGCAACCCUACCUUGGUGUUAUGGAUGCUGCUCAAGCUUGACAUGCACCUGCAGGGAAAAACUGGUCUGAAUAGCUUUGAUGUGCGCUCGUUUUAUCGCUGUUUACACACAGAUUAGCUUCCUUAAGCUGAUCAGAAGGAGUAAUAAAAGCUUUAACAGCUGUCUGCUUAUCCACUUUAUCUAUGCAGGACAGAAGGGGGAUGGAGAAAAAGACUUUUUGAGGGGUGAAAUAUAAAUUUAGUAAAGGGUAAAAUAUUUGUAAUAUGUCACAUUUCAAUCACAAAUAUCUACAAAUCCUAUAACAUGAGGCUUUUUCUCAAGCGGCUGCAUGGCAUGUUUUCCAGUAAAGCAGCAGCUUUGGCAGUCACUCACACACUUUCACACACACACACUCACAUACACACACACUGCAUAUCUGGCAUGCCUUGCCAGUGAGUUGAGCUAAUCUCAUCUCUCCUCUUCAUACUUUCUCCUGAUCUUUCUUUCUUUGUACUUUCACCUCCAAGUAUCCGUUCCCUCAGUUCAUUUACUCAUUCUUCCUGUUUCCUGGUCAAUUUCCUUUCUGUGUGUGUGUGUGAGUGUGUGUAUGUGUGUGUUUGUUUAUGGAAAGCCAAGGGCAAAGGAGUUAUAAAAUGGGCGCAAGAAAGGUUAUUGUUUGGACAAAAGAAAGUAACUUGUGGGGAGGGGGUUAGAUGGUAGAUGGAGAGAUUUUAGGCUAAAACGCAGGCAGGCGGUAACUUUAAAAAGAGCGACUGACUACUGCAGAUGUACAAAUAAAUCAUAGUAAACAAAAAACUUUCUCUACUUCCAAAUGUGUCAUGAGACGGCCGACAUGAGCAGGUGGAAGUGCAGAGAGAAAAGCGCUUGAACAGAGAUUAAGAUUAAGAAGAAACACAGUAUAUACGGGAAAACCAGGGCUCCUAAGGAGAGCCCAUUGUGAACACUGUGUAUACAUUCAGCCAUGAUGGUAUAUACAACCUACUGUGUACACACACACACACACAGUCUUCCCAGCUGUGUGUCUACUGUCAACACACACUCACAUGGAGUACCUUAUAAAGGCUGCAGCAGGCCGAGUUUGGAAACAUGUUGAGUAUUAGACCAGAGUUUGCGGACUGUACCUCAUCAUACACUCCCUAUUUUGUUGAACGCUAAGAGUGUGUGUGUGUGCGUUACAUAAUAGACUAAUCACUCUCAGCUGGGCUCAGCUGCAGGAGGGGGCGUCCCUGCAGAUUUAGAAGAUUUAGAAACACACUCUCACACCCAUGGACUGGAAUACGACCAAGCGGAGUAACACAACGGGUCCUCCCUUAGAGCAAAAACAAACACAGCACACAACAAAUGUCAAAUGAAGCGAUGAAGCUUGUACAGGAUAUAACUGCGCUCCUCGCUUGAAUUUAAGAAAGCUGAAGUAUUCAAACCCCCCUUCAGUCAGCGGUUCAGUUAUUGUAUGUGACAAGAAUGAUGGGUGUAGUUGGAGAAACAAGAACUGAAUGUGAUGGUAGGAGGAGGAAUAGUUUUGUAAACAAGGAACCGAGAAGGGGGCGGUUUGUUGUUCGACUCUGGUGUUAAUUCUGGUUGGGACACAGGAUGGAGGAAGCGCUAUUUUCGCUCCAUUGUGCCCUCUUCCUGUCGGGGUCAGAGUUCAGAGGAGGGAACGAAGUAAAAGUAGGUGAAAUAAGAAAGAAAGAGAAAAAAAUAUACUUAAAACUGCAAAAUCUCCGACAGAAUAGUGGAAAUGAUGAGCAGGUGAGAUGGAGAAUGUCAAACAACGAUUGACCUCAAAUGAUGCUGUUGAAUAGUUUACUGUACUCCUCAAGUAACCUGCUGUAAUUGCUUAACUUAAUGAGUAACUGUGAAGUGACUCAACUUACAAACUUAAAGGGUUAACAAUUACAAACUAACUAAACCUGUGAGGAUUAACUUUACAAGUUACAGGACUAGCCUUCUGAAGGGUGCAACUGUUGUGCAGAAAACCAGCUAAUCAACUGAUAACAGACUAUUCUGAUUAUUAUUAUUUUUUUUUAUCUUGGUACCUAAUAGCAUAGAUCUGGAAAGUUUUCUAUUAAAAGGUGGGGUAGUCAGGAUCAGAGGAAGUGUCAGUUUUUGGGAGAAAUCUUAAAUGUAAACUCUACCCCUCCUAACCAGUUUUCCCCUCAGCUCCUACUCUCCCCUCCCUCUCUGGUCCAGCAAGCCCCGCCCACAAACAGACGCACCUGCGUGCUCGUAUCAUUUCAAUUAAAUUCAGAUAUAAUGCAGAUAAAUACUUAAGAUAAUUACAAAUGGGGCCCAGUCAACCUGAAAGUAAAAAGCAUUGGUGCUACUGUAGAUGCCAACAGAUUACCAGCAAACACAAUGUUUGCAGGACUUCUACAACUAGGAUAAAGUGACAUAGUCCAGGACCCAAGGUCAACAGUUUAGCGAUGGCGCUACAACACGCUACAGCAGGUCCAUUAGACAAGAAACGCUUCUGUUACAGACACUUGGCUUACUUUGUUGAAGCAGUUUACCUGUCCAGCAGAAAGGUUACAGGGUGCGUAAGAUCCCGAAGCGUCACACACAGGGAUAUUGUGAUAUUACCAAAUGUUAUCAAUAACUAAUAGCUAUUGACUGAUAUUAAAUGCUUUUUUGUACAUACACCACAAAAGUGAUGCUUCUGUAAUGGAAACCUGCCAAGCCUACCUUUAAUAGCAUAGACCAGGAAGAUUUUUCAUAAAUUAAAUUAUUUAGAUUUUAAUAGGCAGAAAAUAAAUCUGUGUGCUUGUAAAAAUAUUAAUUAGCUUUCAUAGUGGUGAGUACAAUAUUUCUAUAUGAAUACAGGACACUAUGCUGCUGCUUUACAGUACAGACCUGUGCCAAGGCUUACACAAACUGCUUCAACUGCUGACAGAAACAAAAGUAGUUCAGUGUAAGUUUGUACUCACAACCCCUGGGAUGUUUCCUGGAGCAGCAAGGGAAGGUAACAGGCAGGUACGAAACGACGAGGAAGGGAUUUAGGUGGAUUCCAGAAACUGUUUCAGUCCAGAUUUGUGGUUCUGCUUCAUGGUGGCUAAAGUUUACCAGGAAACUGUAGCAGAAAAACACACCCGUGUUACUCUGAGUCUUUCCACAUUAAAAACAACCUUAAAAGACGGUAUAGAGGUCGUUUCCCUAGUUGAGAAUACAGAAAAGCUGCUACCACAUUCACAGCAAUACUCUGGAUGCUAGCAUACGAGGCGCUAGCCGUAGCUAGCGUGCUAACCGCGGCUAAUCGGCGAUCCGCGUACAAAAGCAGAUCGUUAAGGUCUAAUUUUACACACUCUCACCGGUUUUUAAGACGGUAGCUGCUAAUUUUUCCUCUUUAAGUCCGGGUAUCUCGGUAAAAGGCUUAAAUUGGAUUAAACACGGAAAAGGGAUACUUACAUCGUCUUAUGGUUGGUUAAAUUCCUCCGUAGCCGAUAACGACGGGUACAACAAUCAACCUGCGUCAGUUAGAGAACUGGUUCUAACCGGUUCAGACCAGUCCAGUCAGUGCCAAGUACAGUCAGGCUAGUUUUUAGUACAACAUCGACCUUUUGAAAAGUAUUUCUUACAAAAUAAGCAAAAUGGAGUAAUUUGUCUUGUUGGAUUUUGAUUUGUUUUUAAGAUAACUCUCAUCAUUUUCAUCGACUGUGACGGUGGUGAACAAUAACUGCACUUAUUUUUUGUGCUCUUGAACAGGUAUCAGUCUUCUUCUCUUUCUAUUUGAAGGCAAGCCACAAACCGUCAUUAGAGAUGCAUACCGCCACCUACUGACAUGUGUAACAAUCUAAUUUGGAUUCACUUCAUAGCAUGUACCAGUUGAAUUGUGUGUUUGGGUCAAAUUGAAAUACACCAGUCCGAGUCUCCAAGCAGUUGAAACAGGUUUAUGUGUUUUUGAAAGGUGAUUGAGUAAAUGUUAGCAUUAACUGAUUUUAACAUCUACUUCCUUUGGCUAACAUCGGCUGCAACUGGCAAACAACUGCUAACUGGCCACAUUAUUUUGCUUGCAGUGUAAAAGUUAUUGUUGUUAAUUUAAUUAUUUUUAAACAAUAGGCGCAUUCAGCUAUAUAUGAUAUAAAUCUUUGUAUUUCUGGUGAUGUGAAAGUACAUGUGAUGACCCUAUAAAUGCAUGGCAUGCGCAGUGAAAACCUCAGUCCCCUUUCACACAAACUCAGUGACAGAUGUAAAAAAGUAAACCGUCAAUAAGAUGUAACAGAAAAAUCUCUUUACACUGAACACUUCCCCCUCUGAAGACAGCUGAGCAUCAAACAGAGAGAGAGGGGGACAGACAGAAAACACACAGACAUCUAUUGUGAUCUCUUACUGGCAUUUCCUUUUCAGCGAUUUCCCCAUCCUGUCUGUGUUUGGAGAGAGGAGGGAACAUUUUCUACAGUCUUUAAUUGCUGUACUUCGAUCAAACACUCACACACAGGCAUGCCUGAAGAGUCACGUUGGUUUUGCUAAGAAACAGAGUGAAAUACGGAUCAGAAGGGUUGGACUUUUUGCACUCAGAAACACACACUCGGACACUUCCAAACACGUGCGGUCUUACAAACUUGUCAUUUGUAUUCAUUUGGGAGAUAUGAAUGCUCUUGUAUGUUUAUGCAGGUGAGUUAAAAUCAUUCUUCAUGCUCUAGUUCACACCUUAAAGCAACUUUUACACACUACCCACUCACUCUGAAACACAUCUACACACAGAUGGUGAGUCAUGUUCGAAAUAUGAGGUGUCAUCUCGUGGACAGCUCAUGGGAGAUGGACCCUACCCAUAAUGCUUAGUGCAUGACAGCAAAAACCUGAGAGAGGUGUCAAACAUUGAGCAACUCAAGUUUGGUUAACAUCCAUGUGCACUAGAGUGUGAAACUGGUGACACAGGAGUGAAACACCGGAGUGAGGCUGAGGGGAGAGAAGAAAUCAAGAGGGUUGAAAAGUUACAUAAUCUCCUGAACCUUGAGUUUGUUUGAAGAUCUGUCUAAUAAGAUCGCCUUACCAUGAGUAUUUCGUUCUUAGUUUAAUGUUGACAAACAAUAAAAGUGUUAAAGUUUAUUUAUCAAACUUUCUAAAUAUAAAUAUACUAACAGGUUUCUCUGUUUUCCUCCAGGCAUGGAAGAGGCGUUGGUUCGUCUUGCGAAGUGGCCGCCUGAGCGGGGAGCCGGAUGUCCUGCAGUACUUCAAGAACCCGCAUUCUCGCAGACCAAUCAGGACCAUCAACCUGAACCUGUGCGAACAGGUAAACAGAUAGAGGUCCCGGUGUCAUUAUGGAGCCUUGGCAUUAUGAGUCCAGAGUUUAUUUCAACUUUUAAUUCAAUACUGAUGCUGAUGCAGUAUCAUAUACAUGCUAAGUAGGAGAUAAUCUGUGGUGAGCAUCUGGAUUAUGCAAAUUAGAAUUGGAACAAGGUGGGCAGGACAAAGUAGAGGGUUCCUGCCCACCUUGAAGGUGUGGCGACUGAUUUAAACCAACCCAACAUUGUCCAAAACAGCUUCAACUUCAGCCAAGCUGCUUCUUAUUCUUUCAAAUAUCCGAAAUAUGUCCCUCUCUUCAUCCUCAGGUGGACGCCGGCCUGUCGUUCACAAAGAAGGAGCUGGAGAGCAGCUACGUUUUCGACCUGAGGACGGAGGAGAGGAUCUGGUACCUGGUGGCCGAGAGUGAGGAGGACAUGAACCGCUGGGUGUCCUCCAUCUGCCUGCUCUGUGGAUUCAACCCCACGGAUGACGGUGAGGGGAUCAAAAUAUUUGGCGCACUUUUCUGUUUAGCAUUUUAAUUGGACGCGUGUGUGGGUAGUGGCAGAGUCAGUGUGAAAAGUGGUGGGAGGAGAGGGAACAUGAUGGGAAUAGAUUGAUAACAUGUCCUCAUGUUAUGUGUUAGUGACUCAUGUGUAUUUGGUCAAGAUUAUCAUGAAAACAAACACUUUUUCUAUCGUCAGUCUUAAAAAUGAGGUUUUCAGACAUUUUACAAUGUAUAAAUACGUAAUGAAUAAAAAAGUAUAAGUAUAAAGUCUGUCUCUUUUUUCCGCACAGUCCCAGACAGACCUUCUGUGUCCAGCUCCUCCUCUUCCACAGUCAGCACGCCAAGCAUUGCCACGGUAACCGGGUCCGUACCGCCUCCCUACGAUCCGGUGAGAGUGAGAAGCUCGAAUCCCGGCAGUCAUCCUGGCGAAGACUACCUGUGGUUAUCACACUGCCAGAGUCACACCAGGUAAACUCAAGAAACCAAAACCGUGAGGGGAAGGUUAAUCAGAUUUUAUGUCUCCUCCAUGACAGACGGUGCAUCUCAGUUUCUUAUUUUCAGCAGCUAAAGCAUGUCAAACAAAUAACAAGAUGAUAAACCAGUUAAACAGUUUUCCAGUUUGAUUUGCAUCCACUCAGUUUACGAUGACAAUACAAGAAGACACAUAAUUAGACAAUUUAGAGUUAAGUCCAGUCUAAAGAAAACCUAAAAUCAAGCAGACUCUCAGUCAGACGUACAGGUCCAGACCUGUUCAGUCUCAGAAAAGGGAUUAUGGGUUUAUCAUAGUCUAGAUCACACCCACGGGUUUCUAAAAGGCUCGACUUCACAGAAGAGUUUGUCAGAGAGAUUUCAGUCGACAGUGCGUGAGGAGGUUUUCGGUACAUUGUGGUGGUUUGUUCCUUCAUUUGCAGAUUGAACUCUCUGGUUUUCUCUCCAGGCCUCCUUUAGGUUCCUCCAUCUCUCUGGAAACCGACUACAACGACAACCUCUACCCUCCUGCCUCGGCCACCUCCUCCUCGUCUUCCUCGUCGUCUUCUCCUUCCCUCCUUCCUAACGGCGUCCCGCUAUCUUCUUCCACCUCUUCCUCCGGCUCCAGGACAGCGCCUUGGAAAGCCUCCCCCAUGACAGGCCCUUUCAGCCAGUCUCUGGACACCAGCCUGAUCUCCGACCUCCAGAAAAGAGCGGACAAACUUCGAUGCCACCCGUCUCCUCAUCCCAGGAAGCACUCUCUGGAUAUCCACCUGAAACCUGUGGCUUUACCUCUGGAGGAUUUUACCUCCACCAUGCAUCCGAAUUUUCGUGGUUACCAAAUCCCUCGUGCAGCAUCCACUCCUCUGCCACGUGUUCCUCGCCGCCCAUCUUCCACCCCAAGCGUGGACUCCCUGACCCAAGCGGAGCUCCACACUUCCACGCCGACACCCCCUCCACGGCCGCCGAAGCCUCCAAACAUAGCAGCCCAGGGAGAGAGCUCUUCUGUGGGGACGCUCUCCAGAUCCACCUCGGAGCCAGAGAGAAAGGACGAACAUGGGGACACUAUCAAUUUGUCGGGACGUACUCUGACAGGUAAGAAGAGAGGAGUCUGUCCACACAUUGUGGAUUUGGGAGGCCAAAGGGUCUCAGGAGGAGCUUCUACAAACCUGAUUACGCUCACGUUUUGGAAAGCCACUAGCCAAGCCUUUUCAGUACCUCUCAUGUGAGUUAAUAUUCUUCCAAAUAAGUCCAAAGAAAUGGAUUCUGUCCUCCCGUCUGUUUAUAUUUAGAGUAGCCAUGAAGUCCCCGGAGAGAGCUACAUCAUCACUAAUGGCCUGCAGAGAGAUUUAAACCCCGUACGUCAGAGGAGAUCAGAAACCACUCCGGCUGUAAAACAGCUUCAUUGUGCAGGACUGGCAGGAUUGUUAGCCGUUGGUGGAUUAUAUCCUUACAGCUCAGACAAUUUGAUUUCACCAGAGUUUGCUUGGCUUUCAGUUCAUUUUAAGUCGAGAACUUUGCCCCAACAAGUGCACAAAGAGUUCCUUCAACUAGAGCUGAGUUUACAGUCUGGUAUAGUACAAAACAGCAAAUCUAGUAUUCCUUAAAAUGGAACACAACAGCCUUGAAACAGGAUAAGAUUCAGUAACCAUGGUUGAUUGUGUGUAAUUAUGUUUUCCUCCUGAAGCAGUCUUCUGUAAAUUUAGCGCCAUUUGUCCCCUCUCUCUUGAACAACUCUGUCAGCUCGAGUCCUAAAGCUGCACAAGUUCACGUCACUCAGUUACAAGUGACUCUGACCUACUUAACAUUUCAAGGAGCAGACUGAGAUAUUGGAGAAUUUAUUUUAUCACUUAGUAGAAACCUCUAGAGUCAGAAAGGAAACCAAUGUACAGGUGCAAAAAAACUGCAGUUCCCAAAGUGUCCACUCGAGGCAUGCUGCAAAAGCAAAGCAACCCUUAUUAGGUCCCAUGUUAAACUGUGAGCGGAUUUGAACAUGUUCACAGCCAGUUUAUAAAAUGUGUACUUCAUGUAUUUGUUUGUACUGUAAGCCUCACCUAUAAAUGAAAGUAGUGUUUCUGUUCAUUGGUGUUAGCUAGCAGUUUACUCACCCGUGCUACCAGGUAACUUUAGAUCUUCUCUGUUGUCAGGUUAGCUUUCUACAGAGAUAGGUGUUUUUGUCAGCAUUUCUCAAAAUUAGCUAGAUAUGUGGUCGACUUCGCCUGCCUGCAGAGAACUGUAGCCUCAGCCAUAUCUCUACAAAUGGGCGGCGCUAAACUGGUGACAAAACUUUGCUAGCUACGCUAUAGAAAUACUGGAAUAUCACUUUAAAUCUGGUCUUGUUGGCAUGCUUUGGACUUUCAAACCCAAGUUCCUGGUUCACCAAUCUUCAGUAUGGUUCUGUUAUCUUCUGUUCUCCAGGUUGUGACUCCUUCCACAUCCCUCAGUCUUUGUCCGACAGGGCGAGCAUGUUUGAGUUCAGCGAAAGUUUCAACAACUACUUUGUGAGUCUUGAACUUAAAUAAUCAAAAAAAUGUGAUGCCCAUGUUUUUUCUUGCUCUGUCAUUCUUAAAUGAGUUAUCUCCUCUCACAGUUCAAUAAAGGCAUGGUACCGUUGAGCAGUGUUUGUUCUGAGGAUGACGACGUGGAUGAAAACUACGUUCCCAUGAGCGCCGCCACCACUGAGCCUCCAGUUGCUCCACGGUACAUCAGACAAUUUGAUAGAUGAUGUUUUUUAUGCCUUUUUGGAUGUUUUAUGAAAAUAUGAUCGAGAUUCAGACCUGUGGACGCUCAGUUAAGUUCCCUCUUUCCUUCCUCCAGGGUGCCCCCUCCUCCGCUCUCCUCUGACUCCUCCCACCAGCUCCAGGACGGCAACUACGUCCCCAUGACCCCCCUGGUUCCUUCCCUCCCUGUUCAUCCCAUCCCUGCCACAGGUGACCCCGCGUCUCUGGGGAGACAGGUUCCUCCGCCCGCCCACAUGGGUUUCCGUAACUCUCCGCUCACUCCCCUCGCUCCCCUCACCCCGCCGCUCCGGAGGAACACUGUAAACACUGCGGGGGGAGUGGAGGUGGAAGCCAUGCCUCCUCCGAUCCACCGUAACCUGAAACCCCAACGAUUCGGUGAGGACCUUAAACAAUCCGUCUCUUUGUCAUCUCUACGAAACAAAUCGUAAAGACACAGUAACAUGAACGUGUUUGGCAUGUGCAGCCAGUGUAGAGUCUUCUGUUGAUGCUGAUGUUGUGUAUUUCUGCAGGAGCUUCUGUCAGUCAGCCUGCAGAGAGGACGGAUGCUCAGACUGCUGCAGAGCCCAAACACAAAACAAAAGGUACGAACACUUUACCCUCCACGUAGCUGCUGGUCGGGGUGAUUUUCAAUGUAUGUCAAUUCCUGCCGUUUGGUAGGCAAAUUUCGUGGCGGAUUACGGACAGCAGGAAUCGCAAGAACUCACAAGAACAUAGGCUAACCAUAUAAGCAGUAGAUUGUGUCCUUCCAUAGGAGGAAAUCUACUUCUAGACUUCUAGAAUCAGCAUCUCCUCAUCCAUGGUGUCAUCGGGGUGAAAUGACAUCUAGAAACCUUCCACUUGUUCAUCCCCACCUGUUUGGAUGGUAUGAAAUACAAUCCGCCUGAAACACAGAGUGUUUCGUUUUGUGUCUGUGCCCGACUUCCUUUCCAGCACGGGUUAAUCUGUGCUGAAUUUAUCCGGCAUGGUCCAGCGUCUGGAAAAAAUAGAAUUCUUGCGAUCAGUUGCGGAGUCCGGAAAGAAGCGGGUGGAAAUUGACACAUUAACUUGAAUGGUUACGAUCAGCUACAAUCAGCAGAUACGGCCUUUUCGUUGCCGUUCCGCUGCAGAGAAAAUUUGGGGGUUAGGCAUUCCCGCAAUUUGCCAGAUUGCUUAACUCUUCUUUUGGAUUCUGUCCUACUAUGUGUGCGAACCACAAACCGUGUUCAUUCUGUCUCCAAUUAAAACCCCAAAUAUCAGCAACGAAAACUCAAUCUUUGCAUCUCCGUCUUUCCUCCUGAUCUAACCUCACCUUCUGCCUCUGACUCUCUGUUAGUCAUUCCUCGUCCCUUUGGCCUGGUUUAGUUUUAAUUAUUUACCUCCUUCCACUCUGCAGCACCAGUCAUGACAGCCUCACACUCUAAAACACCGCUCCAUAUGUCGAGCUGCAGCAUAUAGAAACGCUUACAUUAAAUAUUCAUGUGAGUUUACAGUAAGAAGGCCGUUUCUAACACCCUCUCAUCACGGUUACUUCAUCACUGUUGAUUAAGAUCUGAAUACAGAAACCUUCGCUAACAUAAAACCCUCAUUGGUGCCUGUUUAAGCUUUUGAUUUUCAGUCCUAAAACCCACAAAUAGGGAAAGUAGUCCAGCGAGAAGCAGUCCUGAAAUAUUAAUACAGAUAGUAGUAGUAGUAUGACUUCCUUUGAUGUUUUAAUCUAAAAUGAAAAGCCUCCCUUUUCUCGUUUUCUCCAGUGAAACCAGCUCCACUGGACAUCUCCGCCGUGCAGCAGGACUGGCAGGAAGUCCCGCCCCCUGUCCGCUCUCCUGUCACUCGCACCUUCACACGAGAGUAAGUUUGCGCCUGUAUAUUCGUGUUUGAGGAGCAGUAGCUCGGCGCUUUAUUUGCUGUGUCAACAGAAAACCACCUGACGCGUCAAUAUUUAAUGUUACUACAUACUCAGAGGUGGAGGCGUGAUGAUGUCUUUAUAGACGAGCAGGGGUCAAUGGGCCGGGCUGCUCUCUGCCGCCCUCCUGUGGUGGAGAAGGGCACUGCGGGAUAUUUAAAGUAAAAGUAAAAGUGGAACAGUCAAGAGAAAAGAGAAGUGCAAACCUCAAAACUUUCAUAAGCAACAUUUUAAAUCCUCUUUUAUCCUUUUGGAAAUGCAAUUUGUUUUUCUUUGAUAUUAAACCAGUAAAUAAUUAAAAAAUAUUCCAAAUGCAAUUUCCAAAAAGUUCAAACCACAAAUUUUAAAUCAACAGAAGUGUGUUUUUUAUGGUAAACAAUAAAAAGACGUAACAAAAUAUGUUUAAAAACCACAAAACAGUGCCAUAAUUUUGACGUUUCAAAGUUUUUAAAUGAUCAAAAUGUCACUGUGCAGUUAUUAGUUAAUUUAUUUUUCAUUUAUUAAGAGAAAGCAGUUUGUCGUUUUUACCUUUUAAAGAGAUUAUUAUCAAUUUUCUUAGGAUUUAAUCACUUAUAAAUAAUUCUACAGCUCUUAAUGUUUCUAAACUUCUUGCUUUUCCUUUCCAAAAAAGAAAAAACGACUUUUUUAACAGUAUCAGAAUCAGAAUCAAAAAUUUGCUUUUUCCACAGUACUCCAGUGCAAAUACAGUAAAAAGAGGAGAUAAAUAAUAGAUAAAAUAAGUAAAAAUAAAGAGAUAAUUUACAAGUAUUUACACUAUAAACAACACAAAUAGUAACAUUGUAUGCAGUAUGUCAAUAACAGUGUAUAAAAUCAGCUAAUGUUUAUGUUUGUUUACAAUAGUCCAUCUACUCGUCGGACAGACAGACCAAACUCCACUCAAAGCUCGUCGCCGUCCUCCGACUCUGACGACCCGGACGACAGCUACGUCAGCAUGAUGACAUCAUCAAGCCUCAGUUUCAGCACCGGGGAGUCGGUUCGUAAAACUCUUACUACUUUAUUUCCUUUUUUUGAUGUUCUUUUUUUACUCCAUUUUUAUUCUUGCCUAAACUUUUCCCUGUUCGUGUCUCUUAGUCUCUCAGGCUUAUGCUUCACCGAGCGUCAGAGGGCGGAGUCGGCAGCCCGAUGCUUUGGAGAGCCAAAAACAGCAAACAGGUGGAGUACCUGGACCUGGACCUCAACACGGGGCGUUCAACACUAACAAGACAGGUAAUCACCCCCUCACUUUUUUGCAAAACAAAAUAAAACAAAAUACAUAAAAAUCAUAUUGUAAAUUUUAUUAGUGUGGCCACUAGAGGGAGCCAAAUUUCCUCUGCUGUUUAUAUGUGAUAAAAAAAAUUGUUGUACAUUUAAUCAAUAGGGUUCAAAUAACAAGGAAUGAAUUAUGUUGAUUAUUUUUGGUGUUUUCUGCAGAAACGCUCCACGGCAGAAGGCGAAAAUGGCGACAGCGAGCAGUCCGGAUCGGGCGGGGAGCGCGCGCGUAGCCAGCGUACACGUGUAGACUACGUGGUGGUGGACCCCAAAAGGACCAAGGCCCUGAGGAACACCAGAGAAGCAUGGCAUGAUGGGAGGAUGUCCACGGAGAAGGAGAAAUGCUAG